AUGGGUGAGCCUGGAAGCCACGACAUGGUGAGUACAGGAUUGCUCAUCCAAAAUGAGGAGGAGAGGAUGAAUUCAGUGACCUAUGAGGAUGUGCACAUUGACUUCACUCAGGAUGAGUGGGCUUUGCUGAAUCCUUCCCAGAAGAGUCUCUACAAAGAUGUGAUGCUGGAGACAUACAGGAACCUCACUGCUAUUGGUAUGAAAGAAACCAUAAUGGAGAGAAACCCUCUGAAUAUACUCAAUGUGUUAAAGCCUUUGCAUGUUAUAGUCAUCUUCAAAGGCAUAAAAAAAUUCAAGCUGGAGAGAAACCCCAUGAAUGUAAUCAAUGUGGUAAAGACCUUUCAUAUGUCAGAAGUCUCCAAGUUCACAAAAGAGGAGCUACUGGAAAGAAAACCCAUGAAUGUAAUCAAUGUGAUAAAACUUUUUCAAAAUGCUCUCAACUCCAAAUACAUCAGAGAACACAUACUAAAGAGAAACCCUAUAUUUGUACUGAAUGUGGUAAAACCUUUGCACAUAAAUAUAAUCUCCAAAUACAUAAAAGAACACAUACUGGAG